AUGGCGGACUUUGCACAACUUGAGACACGCCGGCUAGAACUGGAAGAGAACGUGGCAAAGCUACGCAAAUCUUUGCAACACUGGCGAACAUGGGAUGCUGAGUAUGAAGGCUUGAAGGAAGAGCUUUCUUCUGGUGUAAACGUCCAAUCUGAAGCGGACUGCGUGAAAAUCUUUGACCUAUUUGGAGUUGGAAAGGGAUCCAUUCGCCAUCCGAUAGAAGUCAGCCGACUCAUCGACAGACGGCUUGACUAUGUUCAACAAAAUGUAUCCACCAUCACCAAGCAAGUGGAAAAGAUCGAAGGUCAACUAUUCGAGGUGUUGGAGGAGAUGGAUAGAGAAGAAGGUGGUGCUCCGGAACCUGGACUACCCAUGACUGAGAUUCUCGAGGAACUGGAUGAGGACGGAAACAUUAUAUCAAGCAAAGUCACCCAACCCGAGGAGCAAACAGCACAAAUCAUCGAUACUCUCCGCAAAGCUGGUCUGAAUGACAUGGACCCGAAGACAAAGAAUGAGGAUACAAUCAAGAAACCAACAUCCGAGGCCAACGAGAAACCUAAAUCUGCUCCGGCGAACAAGACAGAGGACAUGCCAAAACCCGCAGCAAGUAGUUCAAAGACGGCCAAGAAAGGAGUCAGCUUCGCAGAGGAGGUCCAGGANAAGGAAAUUCCCUCGCGUACCGACAAUGCCACUGCGAGCAGGUCUUCUGGAGUCAACCCUUCUCUUUUCAAUGGCUCGUUUGCUAACGGCGAGCGUGUAAUUGAGUUGGACGAUGACGACGACAUCAUCGGAACCCAAGCAGUCAUCCCCGAAGACGAGUCACCCGAAGAUGCGAGGCUACGCCGAGAAAUGCUCCAAUACAAUCUAAACGAAGUCGGCCAAGUGGUUGCCGAACUAGAUCUAGACGAAAACUUGUCAGACUUCGAAGAUGACGACGACUACUUCGAUGAGGAAUAUGACAGCGAGAUUUCUGAAGAAGAAGAUGAGCACGGAAGAUCAAUCCGGCCUGGAGUUAGCAAAAGCUACAGAGACCAGAUGCAGGAACUGGAGAAACAACUCCGCUUAAGGGUUAUUGGAAACCUUGGACCUAACCUCGAAGAAGUCGACCCUGUAUACGAUCCUGAAGGACUUCGCCGACUUGUGGUUCGUGGUGAGGAAGGGGCCUUAGACGAGAACAUCAAGCCGGCAAUCUCGAAGGGCAAAGAGACUGUCAAGCCAGAGGCAUCUGCAAAGAAGGGUGUCAGAUUCUCAGAAGAGUUGGAUGUACAGGAGGCGCCCAAAGCACCGGAAGCUUCAGCCAGUUCCAAGCCGCGCUCUGCACCGAUUGCAGAUGUUGUUGAGCGAGCACCUUCGAAAGCUCAAGCUCCUUCCGAGCCAGCAAAACCUGCCAAGGUCUCACGCUUCAAGCAGAACAGGGCCGUUGCUUCGGAGACCUCUCAACCUGAACCUGCAUCGAAUAAAAACUCUGGCUCAGUCAUCUCGGACAAGAUCGUCGAAAAGCCAGCUGCAGCAUCAGCUCAUGCACGCGCACCAGAAGAAGCAGACGAACUCGACCCUGAACUACAACAACGUCAACUGGCCUCCGAGUACUAUCGUCUACGAAACAACAUCAUUCGUCAACAAGGAGGAUUCAAGGAGACGGAAGAAGAAAAGGACGAUCCUCUGAUGGAGCAGUUCCCUGAUGGAAAGAUGAAAAAGUCUGUCCCCAAGGAUGGCGAACGUGGAGGCGGAGAGCUGAUUCUGCCUUUUCACUUCAUCGACGGAUCCUAG